AUGAAAUUUACACGUGAAACGGUUCGAUUUAAUAAUCCUUUACCUUUGGAAUCCGUUGCCACUUGUAUAAAUUUGGAGACUUUAAUAUUUGAAGAUUGCGUGAACCUUCAUGAUAAAACUCUAGCACCUUUGGCAUCAGCUUGUUUUCAUCGAUUAAAAAAAUUGGUUUUUAAAAAUGCGCAUCAAUUAUAUUUAGAUAAUUUGGCGAGAUUAAUUAAAAAUACUCAAGGGUCACUUAAAGAAAUAAGGUUUAGAAGACGUGAAUUCAAAAAUAUGGUAGUGAGUAAUGUACCGGAUAUCCCAGUUAAAGUGAUAGAGGUUAUUUCCCUGUGUUGCCCCAACCUCGUGAUAUUUGAGGGUCACGUAGAAAAGGAGUCCAUGCCUCAUUUUCUUAAAAUUUUUGCGUCAACAUUUUUAGAAAAGUUAUUUAUUUCCGUGGAAUAUAAAAAUG